UCAUGUGGCACAUAUGGCUCCGUCGGAUAAGACGGAGGGACGUCGUGUAAGAUAAAGAUUAAAAUUAAAAUUUAACAUUUCGCCACUUCGGCUUGUAUCCGGUUGCAUCGACGGUACAAGCUGCGCACAUCUUUGACCUGAGCUGACACACACAGGCGACUGUGUGUGUGUGGGGUCUGGCUGCUGCUGCUACAUGUUGACAGGAUUUUAGAUAUUUUCUUUAAACACAGCUGGUUUCAAACAGGCGCAACAGGCCAGGCGACUGGACAAGAUGCCUCCCUGCAGUAAGAGGAACGGGAUACCGGACAGAUGGAUGGACUACAAGGCCGUAGGGAAAAGGCUUCCUGGGACCCGCUUCAUUGCCUUCAAAGUGCCGUUGAAACAGUCUUUGAACCGCCACCUCCCAUGCUCUGAGGCCUUUGGCCCCUGGGAGCUGCUGGAAACGCUGAGGAAAGACAACGAAGAACUGGGUUUGAUUAUAGACCUGACCUUCACUACACGCUACUACAAAUUAGAGGACCUACCAGACUCACUGAUGUGUGUGAAGAUCUUCACGGCGGGUCACGAGAUUCCCAGUGACGCCACAAUCUUGAGCUUCAAACGGGCCGUGCACAGGUUCCUCCAGGACAACGCGGACAAUGACAAGCUGAUUGGAAUCCAUUGCACCCACGGUCUCAAUCGCACAGGCUACCUGGUCUGUAGGUAUCUGAUAGAUGUCGAUGGGAUGGAUCCUAAAGAGGCUGUAGAGUUGUUCAACUCUUCAAGAGGACAUGAUAUAGAAAGACAAAACUAUCUGGAAGACCUGCAGUCUGGGCCGAAGAGGAGUAAUGAGGGGAUUGAAGAGUCUGAUCAGGAGCCAAAGAGAGGUCAUGCUGUGCAUCGGCCAUGUUAUACUCCGUUUGACGCUGACACCAGAGAGGAGAGACGACCCCACGUUAAUGACCGCUAUCACCGUGGACAUUACCCUCCCAGAGGAAUGAAGCACCAGUCACAUCACUGGCUUCCACAUGGUGGCCACCCUCCUGACGGGCUCUUACUCCCUCACCGCCCUCUCCCUCCGCCCGCGGGCCCCCUGUUCCACCCGUACCGCUGGACCCCACCUCACCCUGACAACCAGUGGGGGCGGCAGUUGCAGCCGAACAAAACUUGGCACAGAAAUCCGCUGCCAGAGCGUGAGUGGACUUUAGAGGAAAGAGGGAGAGGCCCUUGCCCGCCUGCACCUCACUACUCUGACUUCUCCAGAUCUUUCAACGCAGGUUGGACCAGUAAGCCAAACAGUCAUAAUCCACCUGAGGAAUGGAAAGAUCCCAGAAUGAAAUCGCGGCAUAGAUAUUCACACAAACAGCGAGAGGAUGCAUAUAGAAAUCACUAUUAAUCUUACAAUAGCAACAAUACUUUUACAAUAGUAUUUUUCCAGGUGUUGACAUGCACACAGUUUUUUCUUGUGUUCGCUUUUUAUUUUAAUGAUUAAUCAGAAUUUUUAAAAGUACGUGAGCAAAUGGAGGUCUGAAUGUGCCACUUUUAUAUUCUACCUCUCCAACAGAAAACAGGCCAAAACCAUGUUGCUCUUCAUCCUCAUCCUCUCCCUCAGUGCUCAACAGCGGGUGAAAGCCGAGCCCCGAUUCUCUCUCGUUGUGGAACGAGCUUUGGCCGCUUGGCGUUUUGCCUCGCUGUAUUUCCUUUUUUCCGCUAUCUCUGAUUUUCAUAGCUUCUUAUUGAAUGUCGUGCUAUCGAUCUGGCACUGCGCUCCCUGAUUGUCCGGGAGCUACACACUCACUGCCCAAAGGCUGAUGCCCAGUAGAGUCCUGAGCUCAGCCAAACAUGAAAAUCCAGGCAGAGGGCAGCUUCUAUGUGGAUACACACACCAACACACUUCUAGUGGCUCAUAAGUGAUGAUUCAGAGGGAUUAUUUUUGUAUGAAUCCAUACAUUUUUUUAUGAAAAUCUUUCUCAUUCUGCCUUCAAAUGUGGAUAAUACAAAGGAUACAGAAUACAGAGGAAAAAGUGAAGAGACCACACUGGUAUGGAGGACAUAGUGCCUUUCAACUAGUAAUGUUUGUCUGAUUUGAUACUAUUGGAUGUUAUUUACUGGUAUUUAGUAACUACUGUGGAAGUGCAAAUUCAGAUGUUAGAUUCAAUUUUAAAUCAAUUUAGACUCACACAGGUGUAGGGGUGCAUAUAGCAGUUUCACAGGUAGCUGUAAGCAGAUGUAGUAAAUAUAUGCAUUUCUUAAUGUGCAUCUGGAAACUGUAAGUAUGUUCAGAUCAAUUUGGGAAGAAAAAGUUCUUAUAAACUUAAAAUGGUAGCUUACUCAAAAAGAAGCAUUCAGUCAGCUGCAGAAUCAGACAUACUUUUCUACAAAGAUGCUACCAUGCUAAUAUUUAAUUCAGAUUUUAAAAAAAAAAUAAAAAAUACAUUUUUACAUUUAUGCUCUCAUGUAAGUUCUCCAAAAAUGCCUGAACUUAUCCCCAUUU